AGUAUCGUCAAGAUUAUGACCGACGCUCGUCCAAAUUUCGUCCUUAUUUCGUUCGCAAUCAACAAAGCCGAACCGUCGCCUUAUCCAAAGCAACACGAAGGGGGAAGAGGGCGAGACCGGGCAAGGGGGGGACUGGGAGGGAGUGGGGGAAGGAGCUUAUCACGGGGGCUCAUCACGAACAAUUCCUUUGCAGUUUUCAGCGAUUUUGCAACACUGGUAAUGGCGAUGGCGAUGGCGAACAUCAUGGCGUCGCCCGCUCUGUUGCCGUGCUUCGAAGGCCUGCGGGCGCAGAGCUUGACCCAGAAACCCGCAGCCUCGGCAGCCUCCACGAGCGGCAGCCCUGCGUAUCAGCCCCUCGCAGUGGUGGCGGACAAGCGCGUGCAAAAGCGGCGACAGGUCAUCCUCACCGAAGACGUCGAGUACUUGGGCAAGACCGGAGCUCUGCUCGCUGUGAAGACCGGCUACUUUCGCAAUUUUCUGUACCCGACCGGCAAGGCCAAGCUGGCGACGCCGGAGAUUCUGAAGGCCAUCCGGGUGGAGGAGCUGCGGAAGGAGGAGGAGCGGAAGGUGGUGAAGGCGGGCGCCGAGAGCGUGGCGAGGCUGCUGCAGAACGCGGGGAUGUUGACGUUGCGGCGGAAGAGGGGAGGACAAGGGAAGCAGAUAUUCGGGUCGGUGACGUCGCAGGACAUUGUGGACAUCAUCCGGGCGAACACGAAGCAGGAGGUGGACAAGAGGGACGUGACGGUGCCGGAGGUGCGGGAGAUAGGGCAGUACGUGGUGGAGAUAAAGCUGCACCCCGAGGUGACAGCGCAGGUGAAGAUCAAUGUGGUCGGGCAGUAGUGAUGCGCGCUCCUCAAUUUCGCCUCGUUUGCUCUUUUACUCAUUCUUCGAUUUUUCGAUGACGAACAUUUUUUUUUCACCUGUCCAUAGAUUUCAGUUGAAGCUUCUAAACAACUUAGGUCAAGAAUUCAAGUUUCUUUUAGUUGUAGACGCAAUUUACUUGUGGCGGAUGUGACUUUUGUGUCUAAAGCUCGGCUCCUUUCGAAGUCACAUUUCUCUUCUGCAUUUGCCAUCUUAACUCUGCAGAGUCCGUCCAGGUUUUCCUCUGUUUAGAUGAGUAUUCUCUAACACUGCGACAUGACCACCAUUGUAGUCCGCGAAUUGAGACUCAGCAUCCCUUGCUGCAUGUUGUAAAAUGUAUUCAAUGUUACUUCAUGAGCAUCCUGUACUCUUAUCGUAA